CACAUCUUCAAAAUCUCAAAACUCUUUUUCCUCCUUCCUCCGUUUUGCUCCGAUCACACCCUCUCCUCCCUUCCCUCCCUCUAUUCUCUCUUUCUCUCUCCUUUUCCUCGUGAUUCGCGCCUCUGGGUUUCCAGCUCCGCUCUUCUGCCCCCCCCAAACGAAACCCUAAUUCGAACCCCCAACCCUAAUCUGCAGUGACUCCAAUCCCCUAGCUUCUCCCACCAACUCGGAAGCAGCCUCGGAGUUAUUAUAGGCUUUCAUUAAGCUUAUUAAGGUUAGAGGUUGCUACCGAGGAUGAAUAUGCAACCAGCUGUCCAUUCUAAAUCAUCUGCUAAUGGUUUUGGUCGUCGAAGAAGUGAAAGAGAAGGGGGUGCUAGGGUCGAGAAUAAGUCGCAGUCGGGGAAGGCAAACCAUAGCAAAUCAAGCAGCAAAGCUGGUAACUAUGAGAGUCCUUCGCGUGAUCGCGUAGUAUUUUUAACUACAUGUCUUAUUGGACAUCAUGUGGAGGCUCAGGUGAAAAAUGGAUCCAUAUACACCGGAAUAUUUCAUGCAACGAAUGCUGAUAAAGAUUUUGGAAUCAUAUUGAAAAUGGCUCGCAUGAUAAAGGAUGGUUCCUUACGAGGGCAGAAGUCUAUGUCAGAUUCAGUUAGCAAGGCUCCUUUAAAGACAUUAAUUAUACCUUCCAAAGAACUUGUGCAAGUGAUAGCAAAGGAUGUCUCAAUAAGUAGAGAGGGAUUGUUGAGUGAGGUCCAGCAUGAAAAACAUCAGGAGCUUAUGCUAGAUUCCUCCAUAUCACAAUCCCGCCGUGGUGAGAUGGAGAGAGAGCUGGAGCCGUGGAUCCCUGAUGAAGAUGAUCCACGUCCUGAGUUGGAAAAUAUAUUUGAUGGACAUUGGAAUAGGAACUGGGAUCAAUUUGAAACAAAUGAAGCAUUAUUUGGGGUAAAAAGCACAUUUGAUGAGGAACUUUACACAACAAAGCUUGAGAAAGGUCCUAAAAUGAGAGAGUUGGAAAGGGAAGCUUUACGAAUAGCAAGAGAAAUUGAGGGUGAGGAUACCCAGGAUCUGCAUGCCGCAGAGGAAAGAGGCAUGCAGCCGUAUGAAAAUUUUGAUAUUGAUGAGGAGACCAGAUACUCCUCUGUUUAUCGGGGUGAGGUAGUUGAUGAUAGUGGAUACAAUGAAGAUGAGGAUAUUUUAUUGGAUUCACGUAAUACUGAGACCUUUGGAGGUUCUCCUGGUUCUGAGCAAAAGAGUUCAAUCGAUUGGACCAGUGGAAAAGGCAACCAUGGAGUUCAGGUGCCUUCAAGCUCUUCAUCUGUGGAUUACACACACUAUUCUGAAUCAAAUGUCGCCCCAGAGUUAUAUCGUUCUGGAUCUUAUGACCAUGCUAGGCAGCUGGCAUCAGAACCACCUAAUAAAAGUUUUGCCAGUACAGCCGGUGAAAGCAGUGAACAUGUAGAUACCGACAGUGCUACUGACUCUGUAGAAAAGCAUAUGCUGGCCGGGGACAGUCAAACGUCAAAACCAGAUGAUUCAGAGAAGACAAAAAAUGCAUUUGAUACAGAUGUGCUAUCCUCGAAUGCCACCUCUUAUGCUCCACCUCCUGUUUCAUCAAAAGGUCAGGAGAAGAUGAGUUCUAGUGAACUGGAGGGUCCAGUGACGGGUAAAGCACAUGCACAGACACACACAGUAAAUACUCAUGGACGACCUGGUAGUUCUGCAUCUUCCAAUUCAGAAUGUGCAGGUGCUGUGUCUGCUUCUGGUGGCCGUGGUUUAUCACCAAGCUCAUCGCUUGGUUCCUUGUCCUCUGAAAAGUCGACAUUGAAUCCCAAUGCUAAGGAAUUCAAAUUCAACCCACAUGCAAAGAGUUUCGUUCCAUCUCAAACCCCUGUUAGGCCUCCUUCCCCAGUGUCGGAUGGUUCCUUCUAUUAUCCAACUAACAUGCCUGCUGUACCACAUAUGCCUGGCAUGCCUGUUGGCAUUGGAGGACACUCUUUUGCACACCAACCUGUUAUGUUUAAUCCACAGGUGGGGCAGAUGCAAGCACCCCAAGCAUAUUAUCAUCCCAAUGGGCCUCAGUAUGGACAACAGAUGCUUCUUGGACACCCUAGACAAGUUGUAUACAUGCCGAACUACCAACCUGAAAUGCCAUAUAAAGGACGAGAUUAUUAACCAUUUAUUUGGAUGAAUGCAUUCUGGCUGUUCCGGUCUGCACCUAAAGAAUAAUUCCUCGAAGACUUGGAUUAAUUUUUCACGGAAGAGAGCCCUUGAGUCCAAAAGAUGCUACAUAUUUUAUGAACCUUUGUGUGCCAGGGAAGUUUUCUCCUUCCCGGAUAUACCUUCGUGACCUAUGCAUUAACCUGUACCUUAACCCGCACUGAUGACUCUGGAUUUCCCAAUUUCAUAUAGCAUGUUGCCAGUGUUCUUUUUCCUUUAUGCAAACAGUUAUAUUUCAAGGAGUUCUUUGUUUGGGUUAAUGUACUAUUAAUUCA